AUGCCUUCUGGUGACGAAUUUUUUCCAAGACACAAGGAGUGCGGGAAGAGCUUUGCCUACAAGUACAGCCUAAAGGGCCACCAGCAGAUUCACAACGGCGACAAACCCCAUUGUUGUAGCGACUGUGGAAAGAGGUUCAUACGUGAAAACGACCUCCUGCAGCAUCAGAGAAUCCACACUGGAAAGAAGCCACACAUUACCCCAUGUUUGGGAAAUGCUUCAGAGUGGUCAGCGGACUGCAAGAGCAUUUGCAAGUACCUUCAACAUCACAUGAAAACUCACACCGGGGAGAAGCCGUACUCCUGCGUUCACUGCGGGAAAAAAUUUACACAUAAUUGUAAUCUUCGACGACAUCAGGUCAUCCACACGAGAGAGAAGCUGUUCUUCUGCAUGGACUGUGAUCAAGGAUUCACAUAUAAAAGUACACUGGAAGUCCACCAGAGGAUCCACACCGGCGAGAAGCCCUACUCUUGUACUGAAUGUGGGAAGAGAUUCUGCAUAUCAAACACUCUGCUGAAGCGCAGGAGAAUCCAUGUCAAGAAAAUGGCCUCAAACAAGGCAGAGAAGCUUGCAGGAGAGUGA